AUGGAAGAGAGGAAGGAAGAGUAUGACAGGGCACGAGCUCGAAUUUUUAGUAGUCUGAGUAGUAGUAGUCUUGAUUCGGUACAUACAAUGUCUCGGGCCCCUUUAGAGGGGAAGAAUAUGUGUUUCAGUGGAGAUGAUAGUGAAGCUUUAGGUGAAAACCUUAGCAGCAGGGAUAGUGGUACUCUUUCUCGAGUAACUAUUUUCAGAGACAGUCAAAAGGAUCGCAUUGACCUAGAUUAUGACCAGAGUUGUGAAACAGGACCUAGAGGCAACAGAACCUUGUUCUUGGAUCAGAAACUUUUGUGUCCUACUCUACAUGAUCUUCUAAUGGACUGA